AUGAUGAAUUUAGCUGUAGUUACCCCCCUUCUCGUCAUGUUGGUGAUUUCGUUACAAUCUGUUGGAGCUCGGAGAAGAUGUUGGUGUGAUGCCCGGGUAAACGGCAUAGUUAUUAAAAAUUUUGGUGUAAUUGCCAGUUGUAGUGGAUGGUGCGGAUGUAGAAAUGAUAAUAUCAAUCGAUGUGGUUUAACUUGUGAUGAAAAGGUCCAUCAAUGGGCAGAAACUGUUUGUUUACAGAAAUAUAAAGGACAACAAGUUCGAUCUCACUUUAAAGCCAGCAGUUGCAAGACCGGAGAUGGAAAACGCACUUACACUUGCAACCCUCCGAAAUUAUGUACUAAAAAAGUCACCAAACGUGUUGCUUAUACUUGUUAUAAAGUGGUGACCCAAACAGUGACCUAUCCAUGUGGUAGACCUAUUUCUCCCGUUCUACCAAUCAGUCCUGCCGGGGGAUUACCUCUUCGUCCCUCAAUUAAAGACAGAAUCGAAGAUAUGGUGAGGUAA